CGAACAAAACACACAAUGGCGACGGCUGCGACCACGGCGGGCGGGACGGGCUCCGGAGGACCGGCCACCGGCCCGGCGGGCGGCGGCACCGCGGUGGGACGGAAGAAGGACGGCGGUCCGUCCACCAAGUUCUGGGAGAGCUCGGAGACAGUGUCCCAGCUGGAGACGGUGCGGCAGUGGGUCGGAAAGAACUACAAGAAGUAUGUCCAAAAUGACUCCCCCUCAAGUAAGUCCUUGGCGGGCCUGGUGGUCCAGCUGCUGCAGUUCCAGGAGGACGCGUUUGGACGCAGAAUCAACAAUCCUGCUCUCACCAAGCUGCCCGCCAAGUGUUUCCUGGAUUUCAAGGCAGGGGGCGCUCUCUGUCACAUCUUGGGGUCGGUCUACAAGUUUAAGAGCGAGCAGGGCUGGCGGCGAUUCGACCUGCAGAACCCGUCCCGCAUGGACAGGAACGUGGAAAUGUUCCUUAAUGUGGAGAAGAACCUGGUCCAGAAUAACUGCUUGACUCGGCCCACGGUGUUUCUGUCGCCGGACAUCGAGCAGAAACAGGCCGGUAAACUGAAGGACAUCAUCAAGAGGCACCAGGGGUCCAUCACGGAGGACAAGUCCAAAGCCACCCACCACAUCUACCCGUCUCCAUCCCAACAGGAAGAAGAGGAAUGGCUUCGUCCUGUCAUGAGGAAAGACAAGCAGGUGCUGGUGCACUGGGGUCUGUCCCCCGACAGCUAUGAUACCUGGGUGUCAGCCAGCGAGGUGGAUGGAGACGUGGAGGACGCCCCCAGCACGGACAGACCCUGGAAGGUCCACGCCAGGUGGGUUUUAGACACGGACGCCUUCAACGAGUGGAUGAAUGAAGAGGACUACGAGGUGGACGAGAACAAGAAGCCGGUCAGCUUUCGUCAGAGGAUCUUCCCCAAAGAGGAGGAGUCUUCCCGUACACCCGAUCGCAAGGAGCGCAAGGCCAACUCUGCCGGCAAGAAGAGGAGGCGCUCGCCCUCGCCGCCCAGCACGCCCGCCGAGUCCCGCAGGAAGGGAGGAAAGAAGGGGAAUCAGGGGCCUCACUGGAAGAGGCGGGGACACAGAGGUGAAGAGGAGGACACCGAGGAGGACAUGGCCAAGGACAUGGACGACUCCUCAGCUGGUGCCAGCAUUGAGGACGGUAGCAUGUCCAAGAGUGUGAACUCAAAGAAAGACAGUGAGAGCACUCCGGUGAAGGGAGGGGCGAGCGCCGACCUCGAUGACAUGGAGGAUGACUCGGUGCUGUCUGGUGGAAAGGACGAGGAGGAACAAGGCAAAGCUGAGAUCAACCGUCUGAUGGACGCCGGCGAGGACAACGUGACCGAACAGACUCACCACAUCAUCAUCCCCAGCUACAGCGCCUGGUUCGACUACAACUGCAUCCAUGAGAUUGAGAGACGAGCUCUGCCCGAGUUUUUCAAUGGAAAGAACAAGUCCAAAACUCCAGAGAUAUAUUUGGCCUACAGGAACUUCAUGAUCGACACGUAUCGCCUGAACCCUCAGGAGUACCUCACCUCCACCUCCUGCCGCAGGAACCUCACCGGGGACGUCUGCGCCAUCAUGAGAGUUCAUGCUUUCCUGGAGCAGUGGGGUUUGGUGAACUACCAGGUUGACUCUGAGAGUCGCCCGUUGCCCAUGGGACCUCCACCUACUCCCCACUUUACCGUGCUGGCCGACACACCGUCUGGCCUCAUGCCCCUGAACCACAGACCACCGCCGAUUCCACCUCAACAGCCGAUGCCCAACUUUUCAGACAAAGGCAAAGACAAGGCCAUCGACCUGCAGAACUUCGGCCUUCGCACUGACCUCUACAGCAAGAAAAAUCUCAAGGGUAAAACAGUGAACUCCACCAGAGACUGGACGGAGCAGGAGACUCUGCUGCUGCUGGAGGCUUUGGAGAUGUUCAAAGACGACUGGAACAAAGUGUCAGAGCAUGUCGGCUCACGCACCCAGGACGAGUGUAUCCUGCACUUCCUGCGGCUGCCCAUUGAGGAUCCGUAUGUCGAGAGCACCGAGGCGUCGCUGGGCCCUCUGGCCUACCAGCCCAUUCCCUUCAGCCAGUCUGGAAACCCAGUCAUGAGCACCGUCGCCUUCCUGGCCUCUGUGGUCGACCCCAGGGUGGCGUCAGCUGCUGCCAGGGCUGCCCUCGAGGAGUUCUCCAGAGUGCGUGAGGAGGUGCCCGCUGAGCUGGUGGAGGCUCAUGUGAAGAAGGUGCAGGAGGCGGCCAGGAGCACGGGAAAGGUGGACCCCGCCUUCGGCCUGGAGAGCAGCGGCAUCGCUGGCACCGCCCCCGAGGAACCAGAGAGGACCGAGACCAGCGAGGGGGAGAAGGGUGAGACGGACUCCGACUCCCAGCAGGCCGAUAAGGCGGAGCUGAAGGACGAGGCGGAGAAACCUAGCGAGUCUGCGGAGAAGAGCGACAAGACAGAGGCCCCCGACAAGGUGAAGAAGGAGGGAGUGGAGGCGUCGGAGCACGAGGAGGACA